AUGCCCAAGAAGAGUCACGUUGUGAAUGUGAAGAACAGUGGGGAGUCAACUCAUGUCUCGAAUGCAUCAUUUCUCGAUAAUGAGGAAAGGGAUGCUCUCGGUGGGAGUGGAAGUGGAAAGGUGCUUUGCACUCAAAAGUCAAUGGAAGAAGUCGGGAGCACUCUUCAGGACCAUGGAUGGAACGAGAUCCGCGCUCAGCACACCGAGAAUCACUCGGCUUUCGCCAAGAGAAUG